CCUGAGUUCGACGGGUUCGGCAGUUCUCUGGCGCGCAAUACAUACAUAUCUAUCGAGAAACAAUGCAUUGUUUAGUUUAACAAGAACAAGCAAUCGUGAUUCGCUAAUUUCUUUGUUGUCAGUGAGAGCAAUUAAAAUAAAUUAUACUGGCCUGAAACCCGCAUUCUUUGAUUAAAAUCGAGUACAAUGCCGAGUAACGAUGAGGCGCUUUUGGUGACUGACAAUGCACAAGAAACGGAAACUGAAAUUCUACAACCAUCAUCAUCAUCAUCAUCAUCUUUGCCUAAACUUAGUCUCAAAUGUCGUUUACAGCGAUUUGCAUUAGAACCAGCCAUUUUUAUGGUGCUAUUCGCCAGAUACUUAAUGGAUGCGGUUUAUCAGAAUCAAAUUCUAUAUCAGACCUGUGUCACCAUCAUGGAGUAUAAUGCAUCUGUUUGUAGGCCAUUUCUCGGCAUUGAGCCUGGAACGGAAGACUCGAAGAAAAUCGAAGUCAAAGUGCAGACAUAUUCGGCAAACAUAAUGCUGGCAUCUUCACUCCUAGAGAGCUGUCUGCCGGCAGUAUUAAGUCUAUUUCUGGGACCUUGGUCAGACAAAUUUGGCAGACGUCCAAUAUUGAUCUCGAUAUUCAUAGGUUAUCUCUCAAGCUCUAUAAUCCUAAUCAUACUCACUGGGAUAACAUCCAGCACGAAUAUCAGUCCCUGGUUGUAUUUGCUCUCUGCAGUGCCUUCAGUUUUAAGUGGAGGCACUUGCACACUCAUUACCAUUAUGUAUUGCUAUGUAUCCGACGUGGCCACUGACGAUAAAAGACCCAUGAGAAUGGUUCUCAUGGAAGCAAUGUUGGGCUUGGGCAUUCUCGGUGGCCUUAUGUCCAGUGGUUAUAUCUAUGCUGCCACAAAUGCCAUGAUCAUCUAUACCAUUAGCUGCUCCAUACUCCUCUUGGGCUUGCUGCAUUUAGUAUUUUUUGUACCCGAAAGUAUUAAGCCAGAGAAUAUACACACUGGAUCACGAAUUCGUGAGUUUUUCCGCCUGGAUCUGGUCAAGGAUCUGAUCAAUACUUCACUUAAAAAACGAGAGAACUACGAUCGUCUUAUCAUCUGGCUAACUAUAAUCGCUCUGACAGUCUCGAUAUUUAGUUUAGAGGGCGAAAGUACUCUCACCUACAUGUUUAUGCGUCAGAAGUUCGAUUGGACUGUCAAAGAUUACAGUGUCUAUAAUGUGGCUCGCAUUGUCAUCCAAGUGGUGGGCAGCAUUCUGGCUAUGGUGAUCCUACGUCGUUUCAUGAAGAUCUCUGUCGUCAGCAUGGCCAUGGUGGCCUUGGCCUGCAGUGUCCUAGAGAGUACCGUGCGGGGAACAGCUGUAUAUGCUUGGGAAAUGUAUUUGGCCCUCUUUCUGGGCAUGAUGCGUGGCGUUUUGGGGCCCAUGUGUAAGGCCAUUCUAUCGCAUGUGACGCCAAGUUCGGAAUUUGGUAAAAUAUUCGCUCUGGCCACAUCAUUGCAAUCGCUGUCCCCGGUGGCCGCUUCCCCUCUAUACACCUCGGUUUAUAAGGCCACCGUUGGGGUUUAUUCCGGAGCAUUUAACUUUAUUAGUGUGGGACUUUACUUCUUGGGCUACAUUCUAAUGGCUAUAAUUUUUGGCAUCCCGAAAUCAACAAGUCCCAGCAAUGUAUAUCAGGCAAUAGGUUAAUCUUUAGUUCUAGCUAUUAUACCAAUUUUGUACAUGUUUGUUAAUUAUAAGAAACUGUUUUAUAGUAUUAUGAAUUAGUAUCCGAUAUACACAAUUUUUAUAGUAUUAA